AUGGCCCUCUCGCACCCGGCCAAGUUCUGCGCCAUCUGCAAGCCCGAGGCGCGCGACGUGAGCACCGACAAGACCGACGCCGACCUCGACCCCAGCAAGGACAAGGACACGGACGACGAGGCGGAGGACGACGCCAAGGACGGCAGCCGCCGCGAAGAGCGUCGCUUCGACACGGACGAGAAGGCGUACACGCGCCAGGAGAUUAUCGACGAUGCACGGGCGCGGCGUUCGACGGCCUACAACCUGCUCGAGCGCGAGCAGUACCGCUGCGAGCGCUUCGACGGCGAGGUGAAGGACAAGUCGAAGGCGCUCGACCGAGCACGCGAGCCUGAGGUCAAGGCACUCCUCUCGACCAUCCGCAGCGGCGGCGUUGGCCUCAACCUGCAGGAGUUCAACCACGUCGUCUUCGAGUCGCGCGACCUCAACCCUCAGAAGCACAAGCAGGCCGAGGACCGCGUGCACCGCCACGGCCAGGAGAAGGAUGUGACGGUCGUGUACCUCGACGCCAAGGACACGUUCGACGAGGCCGUCCGCGAGCUGAUGAGGCGCAAGCUCGACAACGCGCAGGCGAUCCUCGACGGCAAGCUGCUGCCCAAGGCGAGCCUGCCGUCCUACAAGGACGUCGUCGGCAAGAUGGGCGAGCGGCCGCUCGCCGACGGCGGCCCCAGCGGCCGCAGCAAGAUGAAGAAGCGCGACGGCCCCGGGGGCGAUGUGCGACCGACCACCUCGAACCCCAACACGGCGGCGCUGGCCAGCGAUUACCACCGGUGGCAGGCGGUGAAGAACUCGCUGCCGCCGCACCGCCGCGUGAGCCGUCGGCUCAAAGACAAGGGCGUCGCCAAGGACCGCUUCACGCAGGCGCGGAUCGAAUCCGUACUCGCCGCGACGGGUGGCGACGUGGACGAGGCGGUCGCGCUCCCGCAGCUGGUCGCGGAGGCGGCAGGCAAGGGCGGCGGCAGCGAGGUCUUCAUCCUCUCGAGCUCCGACGAGGACUAG